AUGAUCAAUCGGCGAGAAUUGCUUGUUCAGCAGCUGGAAGUUGCAGAGACAACCUUGAUCAGAAAAGCUCAUAACGCUAAGAAACGUUGUCAGGGCAAAAAUAUAACGAGAUAUUGGCAACGUCUCUUUCCUACAAAUUUCACAGACACCAGGAUCCAAAGACGCAGCAGGAGCAGCAGCCUCAUUACCAGUGAGCUCUCGACUACUGACUGCGAGAAAUUCAACAGCAGGGGAAUAUGGGAAAAGUUCAUUAGUAAGAGUGACCGGCCGACACACAGACUCCCAUACCAGGGAUUGCACUGGUUGCCCCGUAUUGCGCCUUUCUCCGAAAAGGUCGACACCAUAAGUUGGUGUCGGAAAGAGUUAGAUGAGCUUAACACGAGAAUUGAGGAGCAAAAGGGACUUUAUGACGACCUCCCACCCGCAAACUCAGCAUUUAUCCAGUUCCACAAUCAGAUCGCGGCGCAUAUGGCUUGCCAAAGCGAGAUCCACCACCUCCCAGAGCAUAUGACACCCAGAAGCAUUGGAUUUUCCCCCGAUGAGAUCAUUUGGACUAAUUUGGCUUUGUCCUACAGAUCUGGUUGGGUUCGUACCAUAAUAACUUAUGGUGUCUUGUUCCUGAUGCUAUCGUUCUGGUCAAUUCCAGUGGCUUGGACGGGCGUCCUCAGUCAGGUAGAUCAACUUAUUCAAGGCUUCGACCUACUUUCGUUCAUUAACCACACAGAGAUGCUCAGGCAUGCUAUCUCAGUAAUUGCCGGUUUAUUGCCGACCAUGGCGUUAACAGCACUUUUAAUCCUUCUACCAUUGUUUUUAGAAUAUUUGGCGGGUUUCAAAGGAGUUAAGACCUACUCUCUGAGAGAAGAGUUCGUCCAGACUUUCUAUUUUGCUUUCUUGUUCAUACAAGUAUUCCUAGUUGUAUCCAUUGCCUCAUUUUUCACAGCCUCGAUUAGAGAGCUAGUCACGAACGUCCGGGGCGUGCAGGAAGCUAGUGAAGUGAUCAACAUUCUUGCUCAAAACCUCCCUAGAGCAUCAAAUUACUUCUUUUCCUAUAUGGUGCUCCAGUCCUUCUCUACCAGUUCCGCAACGCUACUCCAGGUGGGCAGUUUGAUCUCACAUUACAUUCUCGCUCCCUUAUUCGACAUUAGUCCACGAGAUAAGUGGGUUCGCAAGAUGAGGCCGCGUUCGGUAAAAUGGGGCUCUGUUUUUCCCGUUUACACGAAUUUCGCAUGCAUCGCGCUAAUUUAUUGCAUAAUAUCCCCAAUCAUCUCUGCCUUCGCUGUCCUUACCUUUGGCCUCAUGUGGCUUUCUCAACGGUAUACGAUAUUGAAUUUUUACCAACCCGACCAUGACACUGGGGGAGUUCUUUAUCCUCGGGCUCUUAAUCAAACGUUUACCGGUGUGUACGUAAUGGAGUUAUGUCUCAUUGGUCUUUUCUUCAUGGUCAAGGAUGAAAACGCAGAUGCUGUUUGUUCAGCACAUGCAAUCAUCAUGGUCAUAGUACUAGUGGCUACUGUCCUCUUUCAGACAUUUCUGAAUUGGAGAUUUGCUCCUCUCUUUCGAUUUCUACCGGUGGAGUUGGGCAAUUGUGACGGGACAGUGGCCUUUCCAGAACAGCAAAUGAAGAGUGUUCCCCAACUCCAACAGGGGCUUUUAGGGGAUCCCACAAGUAUGAAUGAAGUAGUUUCAGACGAGAGGAAUCCACACGCCCACACGGUCGAUUCGGUGAUUACCGAAUUUCCCACGACUCUGAAAGAUAUACCUGAAGAAGACCGUGAAUUACUCGUAAACGACGCAUUCAAACAUUACGCUCUCACUGUCGAAGAACCUACGAUCUGGAUCCCUCGAGACAAACUUGGCGUCAGCGAUGAUGAAGUUUACCAAUGUAAACAAGUUUCAAGUUCUGUUUCUAUGUCCAACCUGCGUGCUGAUUUAGAUGAUCAUGGGCGUGUGGUCUGCGAUGGCAAACCACCCGAUGUUUCUAGAUUCACCUAUGUGAAGCUUUAA